AUGAAGCUGGAAGCUGUUUGUGGGAUAGCUGACUCUGAGGUCCCUAAAGCUGAAAAGGAGCCUGUUUCAGAUGCAAAGCCAAGCUCCAAGACCAAUCCGCAGGAGGCAGAGGCCAAGUCUAGAUCCAGAUCUGGGCUCGAGGCCGAGGCCGAGCCGUUGGACUUCAUGGUGGCCACUGAAAGGGAGUUCGAGGAGGUGCUGGCCAUCUCGGGGGGCAUCUACGGCGGCCUCGACUACCUUCCCAGCCGCUACCACAGCUGGCUCCGGGAUCCCAACCGCACGGUGGUGCUGGCCAAGCGCAAUGGAGGAGUGAUCGCACUGGAGUCGGUGCACGUGAUCGACGCCGGGGAGACGGCGCUGGUGGAGGGGCUGCGCGUGGCGCCCUGGGAGCGCGGCAAAGGCGUGGCCGGGGUGUUGCAGCGCUUCUGUUCGCAGCUGGUCAAACGACGGCACCCGGGGAUCAAGGUGGCACGGCUCACCCGGGACGACCAGCUGGGCCCCCGGGAGCUGCAGAAAUACCGCCUAAUCACCAAGCAGGGCAUCCUUUUGGUCCGAUUCAACGCGUCGGCGCUCCUGGCUGGGCUGGGCGCCCGGCUGGCAGCGCUGCGGGCCUCCGGCACCUUCUCGCCCCUGCCCACUGAGGCCGUGUCCGAGGCAGGCGGCGACGUAGCGCGCCUCCUGCUGUCGCCCUUGGUGCAGCGCGACGUGCUUCCGGGAGGGACCAUCAUCCAGGACUGGCAGCCCUACCGGCCGAGCGAAAGCAACCUGCGCCUGCUGGCGGCCAAGGGCCUGGAGUGGCGCGUGGAUAGCCGCGCGCGUCCGCGGGUGCUCACUCUGUGCACGCGCCCCUUCCCCAUCCCGCACGGCGGCGACGGCACGUGGCGCUACCUCAACAUUGAUGCCUUUGGCAGCGAUGGUGCACAGGUGCAAAGCCAACUGCUUUGGCAUCUGCAGCGCCAGGCCCCGCGCCUCGCCGGCCUCAACGUCAUGUGUCAGCUCUUUCUGGCACCCCAUCUGUGGCCACAACUGGCUGACUUCUGUCAGGCCGGCCUGGGGCUCGAGUUGGUCAAAGGUUACACUGAACAGUACCUUCUGGAGGCGGACAUCUGA